AUGAGUAAAAAAUAUGAACAUUUAUUUAAAUUUAUUUUUGUAGGUGAUAGUGGAGUUGGUAAAUCAAGUAUUUUAUUAAGAUUUACAGAGGAUACAUUUACAGAAAGUUAUAUAUCAACAAUUGGAGUUGAUUUUAAAAUAAAGACAGUUUAUAUUGAAGGUAAAGCAAUAAAACUUCAAAUUUGGGAUACUGCUGGACAAGAACGAUUUAGAGUUCAUAAUAAUUCUCAAUAUAGAGGUUGUCAUGCAGUUAUGGUGGUUUAUGAUGUUACUGAUCAAAGAUCAUUUGAAAAUGUUGCAAAAUGGAUACAAGAAAUCGAAAGAUAUGCAAGAGAUAAUGUCAUUAAAAUGAUAAUUGGAAAUAAAAGUGAUAUGAUCUCACAAAAAGUGGUUGACCCUUUUUUGGCUCAAGAAUUUGCUGAUUCCCUUGAUAUUACAUUCAAAGAAACUAGUGCAAAACAAGCAAUUAACAUUGAAGAUGCUUUUAUAUCUUUAGUUAAACUUUGUAUAGAUAGAAUUGAAGAGUUUAAACCAUCUUCAACUUCUUCUUCAACUAUAAUUUUAAAAAAACCUCAAUCCCAAAAAAGUAAUUGUAUAAUAAAUUAA